AUGUCUUUAUUUGUGAUACUGGUGCUGCUGUUCACAGGUAAGAAUAUAUCAAUCUCUCACAAACAGAUUUUUUCUUUAAAGGAGGAAGUGAUGAGAAAUUUGAAAAAGUCACAUUAGUUGGAGUUAGACAGACAUGUUAAAUGUUUCCUUUAAAGACUGUCAGAUUUCAUGUCUUAUACCAUGUGUUGUCGAGUGAGUGAAACAUUUUUACAUCAAUUAAAAUACAUUUUUGUUUUUUUUAUCUCGAUCCCUCAGAAGCUGUAAGUGGACUUGAAGAGCAGUCUGUCACUGUCAGAGUUGGAGAUGAAGUCACUUUACCUUGUAAAAAUGUGACAAAGGAUCAGCACAGCUGUGACAAAACUGCUUGGCUUUACAGUCCUGAAGAGGGGGUCAUAUCAGAAUGGCUGGUUACACAUGGAAAUAUCAGUAAAACUGCAAUUUCAAAAGGUUAUUCAGACAGACUGAGAGUCGGUGAGGACUGUUCUCUGGUUUUAAAAAAUGUGGCACGAGAGGAUGUUGGUCGUUACGUCUGCAGACAGUUCAAACCAGGAGGAUAUACAUAUGCUCCAGUUUUUCUAUCUGUUAUUAACAGUAAGUUUUACAUUUUUCAACUCAAACUGUCCAAUAAAAACAAAAUAUAAAACAGAAAAUAAAUGAUGAUAACUUUGAGAGACUAAAUGUUACUCCUGUUCUGUUUUCUCUCACGAUGUCUCCACCAGUGGAAAACUAUGAUUUCAUAUUUUACUGCUUCGUGUUCACAUAUAAUGGUUGUCGGCACAUCGUGCAGUGGCAGUAUAAAGGCAGCAUGACUGAUGUCCACACAGUACCUCGGGCCUGUUCAGCAGAAGUGACAUUUCCAGCUCCUCUCCAGAAGUCAAACUCUGAAGAGCAGCUGGUUUGUAACGUGACGGACAACAUAAGUGGACAGACUCAUCUGUGGGACGUCAACCUUAAGUCCUCAAAUAGAAAUAAUGGUACAAAUCUUUUUUGUUUGCUCCAACAUUUAAGCAUAACUUCAUGACAAACCUGAUGUAUUUAACCGUCAUUUCUUUUGUUUUGUUUUUCUGUGACAUUCAACAAAACCAGGAGGUCAUAAACCAUCAGGGGAAGAGGAGACAACAGGAGGUGAAUCCUCAACAAAACCAGGUACAAAAGUGACUUCUUAAAUCUCUUUAUUACAGGAAGAUUCAAAGUCAAGUGUCAGAGAAACUCAUGACUAGGGUCAAAUAUAUUCUCUACUUCAAGCAUGCUUGAAUGUCAAAAGAUGAUAAUAAUCAGCAUAUCAGUGAGUUUUUCAUUUAUCUUGCGCCAUCAUCAGGAGUGUAGCAAACAUAAGUUGCCAUCUUAGAAUCCAGCAAUGUUUAAUCGACCAUUUCUGGUUUGCACAAGUAGUAGCAUCAUAUGGAAAGAAACAUCAUAUUUAACCACAGGGCGUUUUUCUUGAUAAACCAGCGGUGGCUUAAAGACUUGAAUUAAACAGCAACAUCUUCCUGAAAACAAUGUGGUUGUUUAUCUGUUUUCAUGGAGGGUAACUUGGGGUCUCUCCUGAUCUCCAGUUCAUAUACAAGCUUCUUCACUUUAUUCUCAAGUGCAUUGAGUCUCCUCUUUUCUUCUAUAAAUCCUGGUUCACAUAAGUGUUCAUGAGUGUCCUCAGUAAACUGCAUGUUAAUUCUGCUGUCAGCAUCACUUGUUAUUUAGUUUGGUUGUAUUUUUGUCUCUUUGAAGCUGCAGACUUGAACAGCUCAGUACACUGUAGACAAAAACACAUCUCUGCAGACACUCUAACGGGUUAAUGUUGUAGCAACUACCACACUUUAAGACUUCCUCAUCAUCUCUCAGAAAAAAAACAAAACACUGAACCACAAUGAGGAACAAAUAUUUGUUGAGCCACAUUCAGAAUAUAAAAGUGACUGAUCAGCACCUGUUCAGUUACUUUGAUGUUUAAAGUCGUGAGACCAACACCCAGAAAGACAGAGUUAAUCAGUUCAGGGGAUUCAGAUGUCUUUAUUUGUGAUACUGGUGCUGCUGGUCACAGGUAAGAAUAUAUUAAACACUCACAAACAGAUUUCGUCUUUACAAGAGCUGAUGAGAAAUUAAAAAGUCACAUUAGUUGGAGUUAGACAGACAUGUUAAAUAUUUCCUUUAAAAACUGUCAGAUUUCCUGUCUUAUACCAUGUGUUGUCGAGUGAGUGAAACAUUUUUACAUCAAUUAAAAUACAUUUUUGUUAUUUUAUCUCUAACCCUCAGCAGCUGUAAGUGGACUUGAAGAGCAGUCUGUCACCAUCAGAGUUGGAGAUGAAGUCACUUUACCUUGUAAAAAUGUGAUAAAGGAUCAGCAGAGCUGUGACAAAACUGCUUGGCUUUACAGACAAGAAGAGGGGGUCAUACCAGUAGAGCUGGUUACACUUGGAAAUAUCAGUAAAUCUGCAAUUUCAAGAGGUUAUUCAGACAGACUGAGAGUCGGUGAGGACUGUUCUCUGGUUUUAAAAAAUGUGUCACGAGAGGAUGUUGGUCGUUACGCCUGCAGACAGUUCAAACCAGGAGUAACUACAGAAGCUCGAAUUUUUCUGUCUGUUAUUAACAGUAAGUUUGACAUUUUGAAAUUCAAACUGUCCAGUAAAAAACAAAUAUAAAACAGAAGAUAAAAGAUGAUAACUUUGAGAGACUUAAUGUUUCUCCUGUUCUGUUUUCUCUCACAAUAUCUCCACCAGUGGUAAACCAAGAGGUCAUGUUUUACUGCUCCGUGUUCACAUAUAAUGGUUGUCGGCACACCGUGCAGUGGCAGUACAAAGGUAGCAUGACUGAUGUCCACACAGUACUGCGUACCUGUUCAGCAGAAGUGACAUUUCCAGCUCCUCUCCAGAAGUCAAACUCUGAAGAGCAGCUGGUUUGUAACGUGACGGACAAUAAAAGUGGACAGACUCAUCUGUGGGACGUCAACCUUCAGUCCUCAAAUGGAAAUAAUGGUACAAAUCUUUAAUAAUGCCCAUUUCUUUUUAUUUGCUCCAACAUUUAAGCAUAACUUCAAACUCAACAUAUUUAACCAUUACAUUUUUGUUUUGUUUUUCUGUGACAUUUAACAAAACCAGGAGGUCGUAAACCAUCAGGGAAGCAAGAGACAACAGGAGGUGAAUCCUCAACAAAACCAGGUACAAAUGUGACUUCUUAAAUCUCUUUAUUACAGGAAGAUUCAAAGUCAAGUGUCAGGAAGGAAACGUCAUAUCUAACCACAGGGAGUUUUUCUUGCUAAACCAGUGGUUGCUUAAAGACUUGAAUCAAACAGCAACGUCUUCCUGAAAACACUGUGGUUGUUUAUCUGUUUUCAUGGAGGGUAAAUUGGGGUCUCUCCAGAUCUCCAGCUUCUUCACUUUAUUCUCAAGUGCAUUGAGUCUCCUCUUUUCUUCUAUAAAUCCUGGUUCACAUAAGUGUUCAUGAGUGUCCUCAGUAAACUACAUGUUAAUUCUGCUUCCAGCAUCACUUGUUAUUUAGUUUGGUUGUAUUUUUGUCUCUUUUAAGCUGCAGACUUGAUCAGCUCAGUACACCAUAGACAAAAACACGUCUCUUUAAAGUUGGCGAGAUUACUUAGUAGACUCAGCAAACUGUAGUAGUCUAGCUUGCACACUAGGCCUCCUAUCAGUUUCCCAUUAUUUGUAAAAUGUCACUUUCAUAACACUGAAAUGUCUGAGGGUUUUUUCUGUUUCUUCUCAUCUCCAGCUCUGAUCAGGUCAAUCAUUGUGUCUGUGGGAUUAUUGGGUCUCAUUAUAACUGUGGUGACGGUCAACAUCUGGACGAGAACUGAAGGUGAGAACCUUUUCAAAAAUCAUUUUAUCAACAAGAAGUGAUGACAGAACUUUAUUUCCUCUGUGGAAACUAAAGUGGACUAUUUUGUGUCUAUGCAGUGAAACGAAAACUGAAGAAACACGACGCUGUAAGUUUGAGAACUUGAAUAAAUGUUGGGAUUUUAAGUUGGAUUUUAGGGUUUGAUUUCAGAGCAUCGUGUUUGAUGUGUUUUCUUUUCUCAGGUGAAUGAAGAUGAGGGUUCAGUCCACUAUGAAAACUGUGGCGCUCAUGCUGCUGCUGUCAGACUCCACUGA